AUGAGAGAAGAACACGGGAAACCGGAGCAGCUAGCCUCUAGUCAUGCUAAUGCUAAUAUCGGAGUCAGGAAGCGAUUAAGCUACGCUAGCUUUCCACUGAUAAACAUGGACAACCGUUUUACUAAAGGAAAGUCCACCAUCCUGGAGCGGCCUCUGACACGUCCUAAGACAGAAGUGAGUGUGAGUGCGUUUGCCCUGCUCUUCUCAGAGAUGGUGCAGUAUUGCCAGAGCCGAGUGUACUCUGUCACUGAGCUGCAGUCACGGCUCUCUGAGAUGGGCCAAAGUGUGGGGGCCAGUCUGCUGGACGUCCUAGUGCUCAGGGAGAAGAACGGGAAGAGGGAGACCAAAGUGCUCAACAUGCUGCUGUUUAUCAAGGUUAAUGUCUGGAAAUCCCUGUUUGGAAAGGAAGCCGAUAAGCUGGAGCAAGCCAAUGACGACGACAAGACAUAUUACAUUAUAGAAAAGGACCCUUUGAUUAACGCCUACAUAUCUGUGCCCAAGGAAAACAGCAGCCUCAACUGUGCCUCCUUCACAGCAGGCAUUUUGGAGGCUAUUCUCACACACAGUGGCUUCCCUGCCAAGGUCACUGCUCACUGGCACAAGGGCACCACGCUCAUGAUCAAGUUCAACGAUUCUGUGAUAGCCAGGGACAAGGCGCUGGAUGGUCGAUAA